AUGGAGAAUGAGGAAGAGGUUGAGUUCUUUGGAUUUGUACCUGUGACUCUUGUUGCCGAGCUGCAGGGCGAGAUUGAGGGGAUUCUUCGUGAUGGGGUUGAGCAGCUGUCUUCUCUCGAUAGAAGAAAUGCGCACCGAAUAUCCGGAAUAGUGUUUGAGUCUUUUCGAAGAAACUACUUUAUAUUUUCGAACUUUGUUUUGAGAAACAUUCUUAGAUUUCCACCUUCGUUCCGGUUGGAGAGAAAGGUCAAUGACACUGUCGUUACCAUGGAUCUACAGUCGAUCACAGACGACUUGGUGAACAUACUUGGGGAGGAGGACUAUUAUAGAGCAGAGGUCCUGAGAUUGAAAGAAAGCAUCAGAGUUGAGAGAUACAGACUGGAGUGUUAUAGGUCGCUGCUUGAGUGUUCGGAGCCCAUAAAUGGGCUGAUUGGAAGCAUUGUAGAGGCCUAUUCUGAGCUUGAGAAUGUUAAGAAGCUUUACAACCGGAUGAGCAUGUCGGGCGGUGCAGAUGAUGAGGAUCACAAUGCCCUGCUUGAAUACAGGGAGAUCCGAAGCAGCCUUGUGAAGAAGGAAAGGGAUGAUCUGCUAAGAAUAGCAAGUGAAGAGGUGCUUGCGAUGAUGAACAAAUGUGCUGAGAAAUAA